AUGCUUUUAUGGUGUUUGCCGUUGUGGUUGUCGCGAGUGCAGGCGUCUGCGGCGACUUUCCCGUCCUACUUGUUGGAUCAUGCGACACAAGAUGUUGAUGCAGGUCGUAUCGAGAGUGGCUUUGGACACGCAUGCUCGCAGCAUGGGCUUUGCGACAGCUGCAUUGCGGACAGUUGUGGUUGGUGUGACCGAGAACAGCGGUGUCUCGGUGCUUCCGCCAGCUGCGGGCCAGGCCACGCCCCGGUUUCAGUGAAUGUAAGCAGCUGCCCUCCUCAGGUGCCGCGCCAGACUGAUUUCCGGCGGCAGGAUGCCCUGGAGAUGGUUCGCUACGCGUGGGCAGCCUACUACGACGAGCCUGAGAGGCACCGGCUGCCAGACUCGGCGGAAGUCGUGAAAGCAUUCCAUUACCGGAUUGGAAUUUGGGACAAUGCUUUUGCCUACGUCGCCCUGGACUCGUCCACGAAUCGGAUCGUACUUGCCUUUCGUGGGACGGACACCUUGACGCAGCUGAUGGUUGAGCUCAUCUCGCAUUCUCUGGUGCCCUUCAUGACGGGAAAUACACAGGUACGUGUGAAUGAGUUCUUUCUGGCUGCAGCAGAUGAUCUUCUUCCACAGCUAACGCCGGUCUUGCGGGACUUGGAGAUAAAGUGCCCGGCUUGCCAGCUUUGGAUCACCGGGCACAGCUUGGGUGCUUCCAUGGCACUUCUGGCGGCGUUCAACGUUUCGUUUUGGACCCGCGAACAGCCCAUCCUGCUCACCUUCGGCCAACCUCGAUCCGUCAACGGCCCGUUCGCUCGGAUGAUGGAGGAGAGGAUCAGCCGAAUCUACCGCUUGGUAAAUGCAAGGGAUCCCGUCCCACACAUCCCCAGGUGCCACAGGAGCGAUGCUGCGCAGGGGCUCUGCCGCGCCCGUGGCAUUCCACCUGGGCGUUCUUCAAAGGAAGACCUCGUGGAGCGCCUCGUGGCGAAGAGGAAGGCGAAGGACUGCGAUGCCGAUGCAGCCAGGAAGCGCCCUGCGCAGGUGAGUAUUCGUCGCCAGUCCCCGGAAUCGACUGUGGUGCUGGUUCAGUCAGGAGACGCCUUCGCGUUGGGAGCCGGGAAUGGCUGUGGUCUGAGCGGUUUCCGACCCCUGCGCUGCGGGUGCUGCGGCGAGCUUUUCGAUUUGGGCAAAGCGACUUUCAGCCACGAUCCAAAGCGAUUCUGGUGUCCCAAAUGUCGUUUUCGGGCCAUGGACCCGUUCAACGAGGUUGUCGAUGGAGGGCUUCUUCACCUCUGCCUGGUCACGGCUGCGGAGCAUCGCUUUAACUUGUCGCUCCCGCUGCUGAAGGAGUGGCGUGCCGCUGGCGAGACGGUCUGGGUUCGCAUGGUGGCCCUGGACUGCGUCGAGCUCCUCCAGGUGUGGCCGGAGGAGCUCUCGCUGGAGGCAGAUGGGCGGGAGCUUUUCCGCAUCGCGCCACCAGAGAAGGGCCACCGGCGGCGUGAUGUGCCCCAGGAGCUGACGUACCAGCUCAUGGCUGGCCCUAACGUCCUUCAGUUGCGAGUGAACGCCUCUGCCGCCGGGUCGGGGCUGGCCCUAGGUGUGCUGCGCUGCUCCGCCAAAGCCCCGCGGAGGCUGUGCGGCGAGGUCCCGAGGGCCUCGGCCGCGGAUGCCCGGGAGCAGAUCCGGGUCUUGCUGAGGGAGGAGGAUGACCGAGAGGACCUCCAAUACUUCGCUUCGAAGCGGCUCUCGCUGCUUUGCCCGAUCUCCCUUGACCGGCUGGAGCGCCCAGUUCGAGGCCGCCGAUGCCGGCACCUGCGCUGUUUUGGCCUUUCGGCCUACUGCAGGAGCAAUCACGGAAUGGACGCCUUCAACAACCGCUGGACCUGCCCGGUGUGCACCGAGCGGCUGCGACCAGCGGACCUUGUAGUGGACGGCUAUGUAGAGCAGAUCCUGGCCGAAACCGAGGCUGGCUGCGAGGAGGUGAUCCUCUCCAUGGAUGGAUCUUGGUGCCCUGCUGUUCAUACCGACGAGACUGACACGGAAGGCGUGGUGUACUUUCAGUUUCAUUACGCAGAGGCAGCAUCAAAGGUGGCCAUCGCCGUUUUGUGGCCCUGGCAAAUGAUCACGAGGUUCCCAGGAUCGGUGAAGCCGAGAGCCAUGAGCCGCGUCAGUGCAGCAGUGGCCCUUGGGGGCCUAGCUUUGGCGCCUGCCUUCCUUUCCCCAGCAGCACCGUCAACGCCCGGCCAGAAGCAGCUGCGAAUCGGCACCGUGGCAGAGCCAUCCUCCAGGGCAUCGUCAUCUGCUUCCACCUGCGCAGCUGGUGCAGCUGGCGUGCUGGGUGCAGCGGCAGUGGCAUCCCUUGUUGCCAAAAAGCCUGUCCGCUCUGCUUCUGCUGUGGCCCGCGCCUCCAGCGGCUUCUGCGGUGUGUCGCUGGCCCGAACACGAACGAGCCAGCGCAUGAACCUGAGCGCUCGCCGGGCCUUCGAUGGUGCCAGCCAGCCUGGUGCUUCCGCUCCUCUCGGCUACUUCGACCCGCUGGGUCUCAGUGGCACCCAAGAGCGGUUCGACAAGUUCCGCGCCGCGGAAGUGAAGCACGGGCGCGUGGCCAUGCUCGCCAUCUUGGGAUCCUUCGCCGCACACUGGGCCACUCCCCUGAACGCGGGGGCCGGGGCCGCAGGCUUCUCAAGCCCCAUCGGCGAGAAGGGCUGCGUGGCCUUGACGUUCUUCUGUGGCUUCUUGGAGCUUGGUCCCUGGGCGGAUGGUUACGCCAAGGCCCCGGGUGACUUCGGGGACCCCGCAUCCUUCGCUGGCACACUUGGAAUUACCAACAUGGAUGAGAUGAAGACCAAGGAGCUGAACAACGGACGCCUUGCCAUGAUGGCGACCAUCGGGCUGUGCGUUCAGGAGGCUACGUUCGGAGAGAAGUUCACCGAUCUCCCAGCACAGCUUGGCCUCUAA